CACACGCUGACUGACAGAGACAUGCAGUGGUGACCCCCUGCGUGGCUGGGUUAUAUAUCCCCUAUUUGUGAUAAGCUUUGAGGUAAAGAACAGAAAGAACAGGACAGAGAGCAAGGAGACGCGCUAACUUCUAUCCUUCUACAAUGACGGCUAAAACUCUGGAGAAAGUGCCGGUGAAUCUCGGAGGGUUCGCGCAUGCCGAGAGCGUGUACUCCAUGGAUGACAUUGCUACCAGUUUGCCGACCUCUGUGGCGAUCUUCCCCAACAACGACUUGGGAGCGCAUUACGACCAGAUUAAUGUGGCAGCAGAUGGCUUGAUGGGCGCAGACAUGAGUGCAGAAAAACGCUCCCUAGACCUCUCUUCAUAUUCCAGCAGCUUCUCGCAGCCUGCAGCCCAUCGCAACCAGACCUUCACCUACAUGGGGAAGUUCUCCAUCGACUCUCAAUAUCCAGGUAACUGGAACCCUGAGGGAGUGAUCAACAUCGUCUCGGGGAUCUUCAACGUGGCCCAGCCACCUCCUCCUCCUCCUCCUCCCUGCUCUUCAGCGUCCUCCUCCCCGGCUUCUUCAGGAUCUCCCAAUCACUUCUCCAGUGGUAAUUUGAGUUGCACCAUGGCGGCUCAGAGCCAGGCAGAGCUGGAGCACCACCACCACUUGUACUCACCCCCGCCUCCUUACUCCACCUCCGGCUGUGGGGAGGUAUACCAGGACCCCUCUGCAUUUUUGUCCACCUCUACCUGCCCCAUCGCCUCUUACCCUCCACCCUCCUACUCGUCACCCAAGCAGCCCGGAAGCUCAGACGCACCAGGGCUUUUCCCCAUCAUCCCCGACUAUUCGGGCUUCUUCCAGCCGGCUUGCCAGCGGGACAUGCACACGGCAGGCAUCCAGGAUCGGAAACCGUUUGGCUCUUGUCCUCUUGAUACCUUCCGUGUCCCUCCACCUCUGACCCCCCUGAACACUAUCAGGAACUUUACUCUGGGGGCUCCGGGUAGUGGUGCCUCCGAGGGAGGGGCGCCGCGGAUCCCCUCUGCGUACAGCCCACAGAAUCUGCCCCUGCGGCCAAUCCUGCGACCCAGAAAGUACCCGAACAGACCCAGCAAGACACCAAUCCACGAGCGGCCGUACCCCUGUCCAGCGGAGGGCUGCGACCGGCGCUUCUCGCGAUCGGAUGAACUGACCAGACACAUCCGCAUCCACACUGGACACAAGCCCUUCCAGUGUCGGAUCUGCAUGCGUAACUUCAGCCGCAGCGACCACCUCACCACUCACAUCCGUACGCACACGGGAGAGAAGCCGUUCGCCUGCGACUUCUGCGGCCGCAAGUUUGCUCGGAGCGACGAGAGAAAGAGACAUACAAAAAUUCACCUGAGACAGAAAGAGAGGAAGUCCUCCACUGUCUCCUCUUCCUCCUCUUCCUCAUCCAGCAGCUCCGGACUGGACCGGUUAUCAGGCGGCAUCAGCGCAGCCAACGGGAUCUGUUCGUAGGUUUCCGUGGAAAGCUUUGCUGUCACCGAGGCAGUGUGACACACACUAAAACCUAAAAAAGAAGGGUACCAUCAGAACAGUUCUUCAGCUAUUGUGAACUGAA